AUGAACCCCAAUCAUGAAUUCUCACGCGCCAUCUCAUGGCGCCACCCCUUCCGCCGCUGUGUUGUCGGCUGCCCUGACAAACCUGAUCCUUGCCCUAACUGUCCCGCCGGCCAGGAGUGUGUUAGUCGACCUGCCACCUGCGACUCAUGUAUGGUAAACGUCUGUGUGGAGGCUCUUGAUUCAGAUCCAUCCCCCGCCCCAUCCGGACCAAACGUCGGCGCCAUAGCCGGUGGUGUCAUCGGUGGACUCUCCAUCCUCGUCGUGCUUUCGGCCAUUGUAUGGUACUACCUGAAGAAGCGAAAGGCAGACCAGUACGACGACUGGAGCCCGGAAUUCGCUGAGAAGCAGGCCGCCUUUGCAGCUGAACGGCGAGGGCGAAUGUCGGCCGUUGGAUCCAUUGCGUCCACCGUCCUCACCAGAGCCUCGAACGUCAUCCAGAUCGCCUACAUCCCCGGAGUCACCAAUCGCUCUCCGCCCGAUUCCCCUUCCAUGGUCCCUCCCGUGCCCCCCAUCCCUGCUGUCCAGGGCAACUACGAUCAGCGCUACUUCAUGCCUGGUGAUAUUCGUGACUCUGUGUGGUCGAGUACCUCCGAGGAAACCCGCAGGAGUAUCGCUCCCAGCCUGGCACGCAGCAGCGUCGCCACCACCAUCUACCGCAACAAUGCCAUCGUCAGCCCGAUUCCCGCUCAACAGGCCCUGCGUGCCAAGGCUGCCAUGGUCAGCGUCAAGUCCGGCUCCAGCACACCCGUUCUCUCCUCAAAUCCUUCACCCACCACUUCAACGCCCGCUGUACCCGCCAUCACCGUCACACAGAUCAACAAGGCCAACGCUGUUGCCGCCAAGCUGGAACAGUCAGAAAAGAUGCCUAUGGGUUCCUCGAUUGUGGCACGGACGGCGGUUGCUCGACCAAUCAACGUCACGAAACCAAAGGGCAAGAAACCCGCAGAAGAUGAAAGCAAAAACUCUCCAGCCACCCCAAUCGACGAAGAUGCCAGUUCACCCCAGGAAAAGGGACAGCCUGGCCUUGUCGAAUUACCGUCAAACGAGAAGGUUGUGCGCCAAGAACGAAGACCCAACGUCCGAGAGUCAGUGCAGUCGACAGCAUUCACAGUAAUCGACGACUCGCCCACUGAGAGACGUGGUCCCUUUACCGACUCUAGCGCUGUCGCCACACCUUCUGCGACAUCCUCCGCCAUCCCCGAAGGGAUCUCCAACCCCUCACGCCAAAGCAUCGAUUCUAAGAGCACGUCGACACACCGCCAUCGAAGCAGCCAAUCCUCCAACCGGAUCUUGGAUGGUCAAGCCCAAAGAUCAAGCGAUUCAUCCGAUCAAACUAAAAGAUCGAGUCCAUUCUCGGAUGAUAAUGAAAUCAAAUAG